AUGCAUUUACUCACAAAGACCCUGCCUUUGCUGGCGCUGGCCGGCUCAGCGCUCGCCCAGACAUGGUCCGACUGCAAUCCUAUGAACGUUACCGACUGCCCACCCAAUCCGGCGCUUGGGGUCGACAACUAUACCAUCGACUUCACCAAGGCCAUGAUGUCCGACCGUGUGUGGAACGUUACGACCGGCAAGAUCCAGUAUAAUGAAGAGGGCGCCCUCUUCAGAAUCGGAUCAAAAGGCGAGCAACCACUCGUGAGAACAAACUUUUACAUCAUGUUUGGCCAGGUCGAGGUUAUCAUGAAGGCAGCCCAUGGUCAGGGUAUUGUCUCAUCGAUCGUGUUGCAAUCCGACGAUCUUGACGAGGUCGACUGGGAAUGGAUUGGUGGAAAUUCGACCUAUGUGCAAACCAACUACUUCGGCAAGGGAAACACUACCUCGUUCGAUCGCGAUGAGUGGCACCAGAUCGAUAAUCCCGACACACAGUCAGAUUUCCACAACUACACCCUCGACUGGUCCGCCGAGAAGCUUGACUUCUAUAUCGAUGAGAAGAUCAUUCGUACCCUGAAGUACGAAGACGCUAAUGGAGGCAAGAACUAUCCUCAGACUCCUUCCGAUGUUCGCCUUGGUAUCUGGCCGGGCGGAGACUCUGAAAGCGAAGGCACUGUCGAAUGGGCUGGAGGCAAAGUCGACUACAAGCAAGCUCCUUUCGAUAUGGUUGUCAAGUCCGUACGUGUUCGUGAUGCCACCAAUGCCACAGAGUAUGUCUGGGGUGAUCAGAGUGGCAGCUGGCAGUCCAUUCAGGCUCUGACCGAAAAGAAGCCCAUCAAACUUGACGGCGAGAAUGCCCAAUCGACCGUACAAUCCGCCUCCCAGCGCUGGAACGGGCUUUCUUCCGGUGCCAAGAUCGCAGUCAUCGCCUCAGUCUGUGGUGUUGCCGUUUUAGCCCUCUGUGUCUUCAUCUUCUGCUGCAUCAAGCAGCGCCGUAUUGGAAAGCACGAGCGCCUUGUCGAAGACGCCAAAUUCGAAAAGAACCAAGCAGAGCUCAUGGCCUAUCGCGCAGACAUGGGUCGUCAGAGGGCUGAGAAGUACGCCCAGGUCCAGGUCAACGCUGUACCAUCGGGCUAUGGCAACAUGGGCGCCACCAUGCAGCCCCCACGAACUCCAAUGAAUGGCGGUGCAAGCCCUCUGUUGGGCGGUGGAUACCAACGAUACUGA